CAGCCCGCUGCCAAGGCAAAAUGGCCGCGUCCAAUCAUGUCGUUUAACGUCACGAAACCAGAAGUACUUUCCCUGUCAGUGGAGACUUGUUGUGAAUGGCAAAGCAGGGCUUGGUUCGUCUCCAUUUACCACCAGUCCUCUUCCGCAGCAACAAUGUCUCCCGACGAGCUGGUGUACUUGGGAGUCCUCGCAGCCUCCAUCCCGCUUGGAUUCCUUUUCCGUUACCUCAGUCCUCCCGUAAAGCAGGGGGCUGCUAUGCUCCUGGGUCUCUCCAUUACGAUCACUACCUGUCAAGUGCACACACUCCACUCUUUGGUGACGGUGAUUGGAACCUGGAUUAUUAUCAAGAGCAAUUGGAGGCUCGCUCCUGCUUUGAGUCUCACCUGGACCUUUUUAUACCUCCUCUUCUUCCGGUUGGUCACAUGGUUUGGUUUGCCUGCGCCGACACCUUUUGCCAACGCCGUCCAGCUGCUUCUCACGCUCAAGAUGGUGAGCCUAGCCAACGAGGUGCACGGCUUCCACGUGGAGAAGAAGAAGGAAGUGAGCUCCUUCAGCAGGUCUUCGGCGGUUGGUCGUCUGUCUCGGGAGCCGUCCCUGUAUGACAUCUUGUCGUACAGCUACUGUUAUGUGGGUGUCAUGACAGGCCCUUUCUUUCGCUUCCAAACUUACACCGACUGGCUGGAGCAGCCCAAACCGCUGGCCCUGCCCGGCUGGGAGCCGUGCCUGCAGCGACUGAAGCUGGUGCCCGUCUUCGGUGCGCUCUUCCUGGCCGUCAACUCCGCCUUCCCACUGGCUUACGUCCGCGCCGACGAGUUCAUGGAUCACAAUUUCUUGUUCAGGUUCUUCUACAUGAUCGUGGUGUUUUUCGUGUUCAGGAUGCGCUUCUAUGCCGCGUGGUGCGGCGCAGAGGCCGGAUGCAUCAGCGCCGGUCUGGGCUGCUAUCCAGAACGGGCUCAGUGCAAACCGGGCGGGGGACCCACCGUCAGCUACAGCCCCGAGUCGCUGGCUGAGGAGACGUACGACUUUAAAACCAUCCAGAACAUCGACUGCUACAACACGGACUUCUGCGUGAAGGUGCGGCACGGCAUGCGUUACUGGAAUAUGACUGUGCAGUGGUGGCUGCAUCACUACAUCUACCCCAACGCCCCCUUCAAGUCCUACACGCUCAGGGCGGGCUGGACCAUGUUCAUUAGCGCCUACUGGCACGGUGUACACGCCGGAUACUACCUGUCCUUUCUCACCAUCCCGCUUUGCAUCGCCGCCGAGUCGGCCAUGGAGGCGUCGGUGCGAGCCCGACUGGGCCCGCGCGGUCAGAGCGUCUUCGACUGGGUCCACUGGUUCCUGAAGAUGCGAGCUUACGAUUACAUGUGCAUGGGCUUCGUGCUGCUCAAAGCCUCCGACACCAUCGCCUACUGGUCGUCCAUCUACUUCGCCAUGCACUUGCUGGCCGUCGGCUGCAUAAUUGUGGGCCGGGUUCUCGGGGGAAGCAGGAGAGCAGACAAGAAGACAGACGCUGAGAAGACAGAUAAGUCAAAAAUUAAUGACGAUAAGAAUGACAAACAUGACUGAAUGGAAUAUCGCUUGAUGGAGCUGGAGUUUCAUUUUGGUGGUGCCCUGAGAUACAACUGAGCCACCAUACGGGUUUAUCAAGAUACGAGCUGCCGCUGUGCUGAUUUUUGGUGACGUUGAACUCGACUCGAUCCAUUUCAAAAGAAGCUGUGGUUCCAUCAAAGAAGGGUUCAAGCAGUUUAUUGCCAUUCCCUGUUGAACUAAACGUGAAACAAAAAGAGUCACAUCACUUUGAAUUAUCAUAAAAUCAAUUAUGGGUCAAUUUUAGCUCUUUCAAAAUUGGCAAAAAGCGGCCGAUUUGAACUCAUUUCCACCGCUGUAAGAUUUUAUCCAUACUUCAGGAGAAAGCACUGUACAACAGUCAAAUGUUCUGUCUGUAAUUUAUAUAUUUUAUUGUUACAAGUUUUAAGGGACCCCCCCCAAAAAAGGAUUCAUUAGAUUUUCUUUCAAUUACUUGAUUAUAGAAUUUUAUUUUGCCAAAUAUCAGAAUCUGCCUAAAGAAAUUCCAUAAUGGUUCGUCACGCCCUAAUUAUUACGGAGUCAGUUUUGAAACUUUUUUUGUGUCCGUAUUAAACUGCCUCCAUGUGGUUGUAUUCUGAAGAAGCACAAUCUCCAUCAGAACUGCAUGACUGUGAAAAUCAAAAGUUUUGUAAAUAUCUAAGGGUCCAAAUCUUGCGCACCUCUCCUCACUGAACAUCUUUUUUUUGAUAACCGAAUCCUCCAGUCUGUUAACUUGUGUGUUUUUCUUGCUGCGGCACUUCCACUGCGAGUCAUGUAUGUUACCUGUCAUUCAUAUGGCUUAGAAUCGUUCAUAUCAACACAUAUACAAUACACUGCCUUGACAAAUGUCUUUUUAUGCGCCGUUGGUUGAACACUCUGAACUGCAACUGCCUGUUAUCACUCGAUAUUUUCUUCCCGUGUACAAAAAAGUGAUUUUUUUAUUCAGUUACUGUUGGUACAGUGAUCCCUCGCUACUUCGCGUUUCGUUUAUCGCGGCUUCACUACAUCGUGGAUUUUUUUUCCAAAUUAAAAAAAAUAUUUAAAAGUCAAAAUAAAACUUCUACAUUGGGAAAACAUGUGUCUAACCUUUAGGACAAUGUAGUAUUGCUCCAAAUGUUCGUUUACAUUACUUUAAAAGUCUGUUUUCGCGAAUUAGCAUCUUUCCGCUAACUCGUUAGCCUGCCCAGUACUUCUUGUUGGGGACCGUACUUCGCGGACUUCACUUAUCGCGGGUGGUUUCUGGAACCAAUUAUCCGCGAUAAACGAGGGAUUACUGCAUUUUCUUGUCAAGUCCCAACUUCAGCAUGCAGUGGAAAUAAAAAGUCUACACACCCCUGGAAUAAUGCCAGUUUUUUGUGAUAUUUCAGUUUCCAGAAGUCAUUCUCCCCUUAAUUAAAUUGUACAGGUAAUGUCAAUGAUGUAAAAAAAUUGUUUGUUUUAAAAAAUGCUUCAUCUUCACCACAAAAAAAAGUGGCAUUUAAAUUGGGGUGUGUUAACUUUUUAUACUCAGUGUAUAUUGUACACGAUAUGUUCCCAAACCGAUUUUUUUUUUAAUUUGGACAGGCACAAUUUCCCUCUAAGUUCAAUUGAGUAUUACUACUUAUUAAAUAAAAUGAAUGGGAACAA